AUUAAUAAUAAUUUCACGGAGCGGUAAUUUACGGUGGAUCCGAUUUGUACCCGAACCCAAAGUAGAAUCACGCUCCCACAGGAAAGCUUCCACAGAUACCUUCGCUUUCGACAAUCAUCUUUCAAAGGCACCGCUGAUCAGAGGGGGAAAAUAGAAAGCAGAAGGAAGAGAUGGGGGAAGAGAAGAGACAUCAGAUGAUGCAGAACCUGUUCGGUGAUCAGUCUGAGGAAGAAGAAGAGAUCGAUUCCGAGCACGAAUCGAACCCCCAGCCUAAUUACGCCUCAGAUGAAGCUGAAGGAGGGCUGAGGAAUGAGGGUGAAGGUGAAGAUGAAGUGGAAGGGCAUCAAGAUGUUGAAGUGGAGAGUGAAGGUGAAAUGCACGAGGUAGAACCUGAUCCAGGAGAAAGUGAGGGGGAAAGGGAACCAAGUUCUGAAGAAGUAGAUGUUGGUGAUGAGAGGGAAGUGAGUGAAGCAAAAGAAGCAGACAGCGAUGAGAAAGAAGACUAUGCUCCUAGAGUUCCAACAAGUCGGAGACACGAAAUAAUUGAAAGUGGAUCAGAGAGAUCUGAGGGCCAGCAUUACGCAGACAAUGAGGAUGAGGAGGUUGAUCAGGACAGAAGUCUGAGCAGUAAAUCACCUGAUGGGGAGAAGGAUCAGAAUCACAUUUCACAGUCAGCUGCAGAGAUUCGUGAUGUGUUUGGCGACUCUGAUGAUGAGGAAGAGGCAGGGUAUGCAGUCAGGAAUGAAAUUGAGCAAGAUUCACACAGAUCUCCAAUGGAAGAGGAAGCGAGCUAUGAAAAGAACUUAAGACCAGAGGAUAUGCUGAUGGAUGAAGAUGCUCAAUAUGAGUCAGAAGAGGAGAACAUUGAUGUUAAAGCUAAAGAGAAGCCAGUUGGCCCUCCAUUAGAGCUAGAGAUUCCAUUUCAUCAACCUCCAGCUGAUCCAACCAAGAUGAACAUGAUCAAGGUUUCCAAUAUAAUGGGCAUUGACCCAAACCCAUUUGACCCUAAGACAUAUGUGGAAGAGAAAACAUUUGUUACAGAUGAGUCUGGAGCCAAGACACGCAUACGCUUGGAAAAUAAUAUUGUGCGAUGGAGGACUGUUAGAAAUCCUGAUGGCACUAAACACGUUGAAAGCAAUGCUCGCUUUGUGAGAUGGUCAGAUGGCAGUUUACAGUUAUUAAUCGGGAAUGAAGUUCUUGAUAUAUCUGUGCAAGAUGAUCGCCAUGACCAAACACAUCUUUUUCUUAGACAUAACAAGUCACUUCUUCAAUCACAAGGAAGAAUUAGAAGGAAGAUGAGGUUUAUGCCAUCCUCACUCACAUCAAAUUCUCACAGGCUGUUGACUGCUCUUGUUGACUCACGGCAUAGAAAGGUUUAUAAAGUUAAGAACUGCGUCACCGACAUUGAUCCCGAGAGAGAGAAAGAGGAAAAAGAAAGGGCUGAGAGUCAAACAAUUAGAGCAAAUGUACUUCUUAAUCGGAAGAGGGAAAAAGUUAGCCGGAAGUAUACUCAAACCGUGGAGCGGAGGCGUCAGCUUUCACCUGGGUUCUUGGAGGGUGCUCUUGAUGAGGAUGAUGACCCAGAUUAUUUUGAUUCUCGUCGUUCUCGCCGCCGCUUUGAAGAAGAUCUGGAAGUGGAAGCUCGUGCAGAGAAACGCAUUAUGAAUGCUAAAAAGGGGCAGAAAGAUAUUCUACGCAAGUCAUCUCUGCCCACUUUGAAAUCAUCAAAGCGCCCUGUGAGUUUCUCUGACAGUGAGAGGGAAGAGUCAGAGUAUGAAAGUGAUGGAGAGGAAUUCGAGAGAUCUCCUCCCCGGAAAAGGGUUGAGGAGCCAGAGCAAGAAUAUGAAGAAGAGGAGGAAGAAGAAGAACGCUAUGAGGAACCGGAGGUGGAUGGAGCCUCAGAAGAGGAAGAGGAGGUUGAGGAGCCAAAGCAAAAGAGCAAGGUGUAUGGAGGCGGUCACAAGCGAGCAGGGAUUGAAUCAGAAGAGGAGUCCCCUCCAAGAAAGAUUCCAACUCACCGACGAAUGGCAGUUGUAUAUGACAGUGAUGAGGAGUGAAUACUUCUGUAGUUGAUUAGUUUUAUAUUUCAUCCUUGAUCACUGUUCAUAAGCUUUGCUGCACACAUAUAUUUUUAUAUAUAUAUAUAUUGAUCUUCUUUUU